CUAUUUCUAUUUCUAUUUCUAUUUCUAUAUUAAAUUUGGAGUAAAAUGAAAUUAAGUUUAUUAAAAAAAAAAAAGAAAGAAAGGCGGAGGUCUGUAGGAAGGAAGACUCAAAGUAAGAGGGUGAGCAGGUUCUUGACCCAUCAAGACGAAAAACCCUUUCAUUCUCUAUCAAAAAUUUCUGUCUCAACCGAUUGACUCUGCUCAACAACAACUGGGUUUCGAUUGGAUUACGUUUUAUUCAAUUCGAUUGAAAUCUUUCUUUCAUCUCUGGGUGUAUUGAUUUGAUGGUCAUUUUUGAAGAGGGAAGAGAUUUGAAAGAUCAGAGGUAGAUUGAAGGAAGGAGAAGAGAGGGGAAAGAGUUUGAGAGCAGAGAGUUAGAUUGGAAAACAGAGCAUUGUUUUUUUUUCUUCUUCUUCUUCUUUUGGGUGUGUGUGUGUGUGUGUAUUUUGUUUCUUUUUUUCUUUUGGUUUUUGUUUUUAAAGAUUGCGGCAGUGGAAGUGUUGAAUAUUGAUCCGUUGUUGUUGGUUUUUAUGGGAACUCCACCAGCAGAGGAGCUUCUGAGGAAGGUCCAAGAGCUGGAGGAGGGUCAAGCGCAUCUCAAGAAAGAGAUGUCCAAACUUCUUCUCUCAGGAACUGCUGCCGAUUCCAACUCCGACCACCAAAUCCACCAUCACCACCAUCACCAUCAACGUUCUCAAUCCAUAUCACCUCAACGUUCUAGAUUUGCUGCCACUCGUAGAAGAGGUGGCACUACCGGAGGUUUAGACGGCGCUGCUGCAGCCUGGAAAAGAGGCUCUUCCUCGUUUCGACAUUCUUCUCCUCUUCAGAGAGAGAGUAGAACUCGCGACCCUAUGAAUCCCGCCGCCGCCGCCGCCGCAGACGGCGGCGGCGGCUGCUCUGGCCCCGCCGCUGUGAAUUUCACCAACAAACAGUAUCUAAAUAUCUUACAGUCACUGGGACAGCCUGUUUAUAUUUUUGACCUUAAUUAUCACAUAAUUUACUGGAACCGAGCUGCUGAAAUUGUAUAUGGGUAUUCUGCGGCGGAGGCUCUUGGUCAGGAUGCCAUUGAACUUCUAGUAGAUCCUGAGGAUUUCGCCAUUACAAACCAUGUCAUUCUUCGUGUAAUGGCGGGUGAGAAUUGGACUGGUCAUUUACCUGUAAAGAACAAGAUGGGGCAAAAAUUUGUAGUUGUUGCUACCAACACUCCAUUCUACGACGAUGGUGCAUUGAUUGGGAUUAUUUGUAUAUCCAGCGAUUCCCGGCCAUUUCAAGAUUUGAAGAUUCCUUUAUCAAUAGGUUCUAAACAGCAGGAUGCAGAUUCAAGCAUGGUUCGAUCACGAGUCCCGGUUUCGGUUAAGCUUGGUCUUGAUCCUCAGCAGCCUCUUCAAGUGGCAAUCGCUUCGAAGUUAUCGAAUUUGGCAUCAAAAGUAAGCAACAAAGUCAAGUCCAAAAUUCGAACUGGAGAAAACAGCUUGGAUCGUGAAGGUGGAAGUGGAGAUGGUUAUCACUCUGAUCAUGGCCAUCCGGAUGCAGUUCUUUGUGAUAAUCGGGAUGAUGCAAAUUCGAGUGGAGCUAGCACGCCACGAGGAGAUUCCACGGCUCAUGGUGCAUUUUCCCAGGUUGAAGAGAAGUUAUCUGGGAGACUGGUGAGGGAUUCUAGUGAUGAGGGUAAGGGAAAACCUACCAUCCAGAAGAUUUUAUCCUCAAAGGCAGAAGAAUGGAUUGCCAAGAAAGGCUUAUCGUGGCCGUGGAAAGGGACUGAGCAGGAAGGAGGAUCUGAAACAAGAGCAGCCCGUUUCGUUUGGCCUUGGGUACAAAUUGAUCAAGAAGCUGAACCAGCUAAUCAUAAGAGUUCAUCUAUAUCUGGUAAACUAGAAAUGCAGCAAAAUGACGGUCAUCGAGCAGUCAAUAAUGAGGCAUCGGGAUCUUGGUCAUCGAUCAAUAUUAACAGCACUAGCAGUGUAAGUAGCUGUGGGAGUACCAGUAGUAGUGCUGUCAACAAGGUUGAGUCGGACAUGGACUGCUUGGAUCAUGAAAUCUUGUGGGAAGACCUUACCAUUGGGGAGCAAAUAGGACAAGGUUCUUGUGGAACUGUCUAUCAUGCACUGUGGUAUGGAUCAGAUGUUGCCGUUAAAGUGUUCUCCAAACAAGAGUAUUCAGAUGAUGUGAUUCUCUCCUUCAAACAGGAGGUAUCCCUGAUGAAAAAGCUUAGACAUCCCAAUAUUCUUCUCUUUAUGGGAGUAGUGACUUCACCUCAGCGUCUCUGCAUUGUCACAGAAUUCCUUCCACGUGGAAGUUUGUUUCGUUUACUACAGAGGAACACAGGCAAAUUAGAUUGGAGACGCCGUGUUCAUAUGGCUUUGGACAUUGCGCGAGGCAUGAACUAUCUUCACCAUUGCAAUCCACCCAUUAUUCACCGAGACUUGAAAUCGUCGAACCUCUUAAUCGAUAAAAACUGGACCGUGAAGGUUGGAGAUUUUGGUCUAUCUCGACUUAAGCAUGAGACUUAUCUAACAACUAAGACCGGAAAGGGCACGCCUCAAUGGAUGGCGCCCGAAGUUCUUCGUAACGAGCCCUCAGAUGAGAAGUCUGACAUAUACAGUUUUGGAGUCAUAUUGUGGGAGCUUGCAACUGAGAAGAUCCCUUGGGAAAAUCUCAAUUCAAUGCAGGUCAUUGGUGCUGUUGGUUUCAUGAACCAACGUCUUGAAAUCCCAAAGGACGUGGAUCCACAAUGGAUUUCAAUUAUUGAAAGCUGCUGGCACAGUGAACCUUCAAACCGGCCAUCAUUCCAAGUUUUGAUAGAAAAGCUGAGAGACUUACAAAGGAAGUAUACUAUUCAAUUACAAGCAGCUCGUUCGGGUGGAGAUAACAGCAACAGCAACAACAACAAUAUCCCUCAAAAGGAAACAUAAUAAUAAAAUUUAAAAGAAAAACCCAACAUUCAAUUCUUAUGGGUUUAUUUUUGCGUUGUCUUCUAAUUGAUGAAGAAGGCAAAAGUCAAAACAAAAGGUGUAUCAAAGUUUUGAAGAGGUUCACAAAUGGUGGCAGUAGGAUUUGGACUCUCAACAUUAUUUGAACCACAAAGUGGACAUGUAAGUUAAUGGCUGUGCAUUGGCAGUGAAGGAUUUUUUUUUUUUUUUUUUUUUUUAUGGCAUUUGAGAAGGAAAAGAAAACAAAAGGAAAUUGACUCCUCAGACACUGGUGGUAGUCUAGUGGGUGAGACUCUCCCCCAUUUUAUUUUUCCCUUUUUCUAAAAGGUAAAGUGCCAUAAUAAAAGACCUCUUUUUUAAAAAAAAAAAAAAAAAAAAAAUUAGUGGUGUUUGAUUAGGGAUGUUCAAGUGUAACCCACUUGCCUUUUCAUUUGGUUGUAAAUGAGUUUUUUUUUUCCUGACCACUUGUCAAAAGUUGUACAAAGAUGAUGAAAGAAACACCACAUUAAUUUUUUUAGAGUUUAGAAUUGUGAAACUUAAAUGUUCUUUUUUUUUUUCUUCUUUUGCCUUGUCUUUGUCAUCCUAUUUGCCAAUUACUUGUUUGUAAUCAGUAUUAUUGGAGGAAUUUUGGUAGAAUAAUCACUUUUGAUUUGAUUUGA